AUGGCGGACUGCGAAUGUCAAAAUGACGCUAGUGAAAAAGAAUCACAGAUUAAGGAAAAGAAGGCGAAGGGCUCAGAAAAAGAUCUUCAAGCGAUUUUCAUGAAACUCAGAGUAGAUAGUGGACCGUAAGUAGCUACUGCAUACGUCCUGUUUUCUUCGUAAAAUUCACCUUUUGUAAGGGAGUUAAAUAGGAACCGAUAUUGACGGAGAAACUAGGUCUUGUUGACGAUAAAUCAAAUGUUUUUUUCUUUUCUUUUUUCUUGAUAUGGUACAAUAUCUUUUCAGAGGAAUAAAUAGAAUUAUCUGCAUCAAUAAUUUUUGAAAAUAUUCUGUCUUAGAAACGUCAGUUCGAUCAGACACGCAAUAUUCCGACGCGUAAGCAUGUGAAUCAGCAAGUAUUUUCUGAACUAAUGAAAUGACAGGACAAUAUUAUUCCCCUUGAACUAGGAAACCUUAGGCAGAGUUUAAGGACAUUAUAACCACCCAAAGUAUCUUCAGGAUUUAAGCUCUCGUCUUAAGGCCUCAAUUAUAUGCUUCAAUUUUCUGGUAGUAAUUAAAAAAGUGCUGCAAGCAGCGUUUUACAAAUGACAUUCUCGUUCGCGGGUGCGAAAAUCGAAAUUGUCUGCAUUUCAGUUUUCUUGGAAUGUUUCUUUCGGUUUUCAUCAAAUUUUUCCAAGUUGUGUUUCUUCCUAGAAGCUUAAAAGAAAAAUUAAACAGUAGGGUAUCUUUUAUUGUGAGAUUGACCAAAGAGAAUUGUGAAUGUUCAAUUUCAAUUUAAGCUGUGUCACCGUUUUUCUGUGGUCAGUCUUGAUAUGUAGGACUUUGUUCUUUGAACCAGAUAGCAUUUAACUGCCCGUACAGAGCGCCUCAACAUACUGAAGUAUGAUCCUGAUAAUUAAGUUUAAUAUCUUAAGUGCAUACUUGUUGGGCUCUGUAGUAAAUUACCAACUAUAAACAUACUUUUAUAAGCAAUAGUCUAAAUCAACUUGGUAUAUUUAAUGGAUUAUCUGUGUUUUCCCAAUUUUUUGCCUUUAUUUGCACCCCAAAAUCCCUCAUGUCCAGAGAAGAUCAGCUACUGAAAUGGAAAAGUGGGAUUUGCCAACCUUAUUUAGAAGACAAUAUGCACUCUUUGUGGUUCACAUACUGCUGUAGUUCCGCUGUAAAUUUGCUCUCGUUAUUCAGGAUGAUUCUACUUUCAUUAUUGUCAACAGUUAAUAAAUAGAGGUGUAAACUGUUGUCUUUCAAUAUCUCUGUAAGCUUUUUUGUUAUGUGUGUGUGUUUGUGCAUGCGUUCUACUGGCUUUCCUCACAUAUAAUACAUGCAAGUUGUGUAUGUUUUUUCAUAAAGGGAGCUGCUAUUGUUUCUCACUCUAACUGUUCAUCUUCUACUAUAGUAAAAGACUUCGUAGGAAGACCCGGCUUGGAGUUCCCAGUAGUUUGAGAAGCAGAAACAUUGACAGCAUACAGAAUGUGAGAAAGAUCCUCAGGGAACCAACAUUUGUCUACAAGAAUCAACAAGCUUUCUCUAAUGUCUACAAGAAACAACGAGCUUGUGGUUUUAGACGAAGAAGGCGUAAAGCUAGCCUUAGCCUAAGAGAGAAAAGAUGUCAAGAAGACCAAAGAGAAUCACAUAGUGACAGUGAACUUGAAUAUAACAAAUCUCUUUUGGCAAAGAGUUUAUGGAAUGCAAGUAAGGAAGGAAAAGUUGUACCAAAGUCUUUUCAAACAAGGGAAAUGGUUGCAGUUGACUGCAGCAGACAACACAGAAGAUUUCAGGGUGCAAAUGUUCAAAGAGCGGCAGGGGUGAACUUCGAUGACACAACGCCUGAAGAGUUGGCUGCAUAUUUUGAUCAGUUGCUAUAUUUUCCGAAACCUAUGUCAGCCAUGGCUGAAAUGAUGUACACAUAGUUAUUAUAUGAAAUAGUAUAAUAUUUAAAGUCUUUGCUCCUAUGACAGGCAAUGUGAAUAUUCUCAUGUGAAUAGGGUCUUUUCUCAUGAUCUUUAAGAUUUUGCCCUUUGAUUCUUGUAAAUAAAGUCUCCUCAGUAGACUUCUCUGAAGGAGAUUUUUCUGUUGACUUUCAUCUUUAAUUUGUUGAGGUUAUUUAAUAAAAA